CACGUCUUUCUUGCUGGCGUAACGAGUUAAUUUGAAAACUGCCUUCUCCUUACAAGUUCAUGUCAAGUGCAGGCACAGAUACUUCAGCUGAGCGACAACAGACGCUACAACAUUUUUGUGAUUGUUGCAGUGCAGGAGGUCGACUUCCUCACAAAAAAUAUUCCCUAGAGAUUGUAAAGAGGCUCAUUUGCCUCUCAGAAUGCUAAAGUUGUCACUAAAAUAACCUUGUGACUUAGUCAACGCACAAAAGGGGAAGUGGUGAAUGGUCUUCUUUCCGAUCCACAGUGCUGUAUACUGAAAAGCAGCAGCUCACAUGCUUUCUCGUUGUGAAGUUUUUGGCUGCUUUGAUGUGAUCAUUUUUCUCUCUUUAAUCUUCGGUGGUGUCGAGCAGAAUGCACAUGGACCUUCUGCGUAAAUACAUGUGGGUAUGGGUGAUAGGUGGGAUGCUCUUUGUGUGUUUGGUGAUCAGCCUCAUCUUCCUGCUCAUCAACAAGUGCAUAUCCAGAGGAGGCAAACACAGAAUCUCACAGCUCCACAAAGGAUCUGACUUCAGUAUCAAGAGCAACAAAUACCAGGAGAGAAGCUUUAAAGCCGGGACUCCACCUUUACCUCCUCGGACACAGUUUCUCACGGCAGAGGCUCAAAGCUACGAGAACCUGGCUGAGGAACCCGCCUACGAGGAGGCCACACCUAACUACGAGGAGGCCACACCUGACUACGAGCAGGCCACACCUGACUACGUCCAGGCCGAACCUGACUACGAGCAGGACGUGGCCGACUACGUACAGGCCGAACCUGACUACGAGCAGGCCACACCUGACUACGUUCAGGCCGAACCUGACUACGAGCAGGACGUGGCCGACUACGUGCAGGCCGAACCUGACUACGAGCAGGACGUGGCCGACUACGUGCAGACCACACCUGACUAUGUGCAGACUACACCUGACUACGAGGAGAGCAUCCCUGACUAUGUGAAAGUGGAUGAAGAGAAGAUUCUCCUUCCUCCACCACCAUACCAGGAUCCAGACCCAGCAGACAACACCUCCAUGGAGGACUACGAUGACAUCGGAGGUGAAGGUGAAAUCGAGGACGAAGAAGACUACGAUGACCUGGGAUAAGACCACAAGAGAGCAAAUAGGAGACUAUUCUAAGAGACAUUUCUUAUCUGGAUCCUGCUGAUCAGAGAGACCAGAAAGACGUUACCUUUUGACAUUUGUGUUUUUUGAUAUUAAUCAUAGAAAGGAAAAAAACGAUGAAGUUAUCUGUGUUUUAUGUGCACCAGCUAGACAGGAAGGCACAAAGAAGAGCACUGAAGAGGCAGAGAUCUGCUGGAAGUUAAAGUGGUGAAAGGUUUAACCUUUAGCUAAUUUAUUCCACCUUUAGCCAACAUUGUUUACAGGCUGCAAACAGUCUCCGUAUAGAUACGCCACAGAAAGUCGUCCUACUGGACACUCGACUAGCAGUAUUUGUCAGUUAUUGACAAAUGUGGCUAACUGAUCAGACAGCGGUGGUCUAUCAGAAUAAAACUAGACUUUUAAUUAUUUUAAUUUAAUAUCGGUAUAUUUAAAAAAAAUGCUUCAAGUUUUUAAAAACUCCAUUUAAAGGAAUAGUUUGAUAUUUUUAAAAAUAUGCCUUUGUUUUUGUGCUGAGCAGGCGGUUAGCUUAGUUUAGCAUAAAGACUGAAAGCGGGGCAGACAGCUAGCCAGGCUUUGUCCAACAUGUUACGUCCGUUUAAUUUGUGCAAAAACAGAAUUACUAUUUUAAAUUUUAUAAUAUAUAUUUUUAUUAUUGUCAACAAAUCCAGAAGCAGCAAUGAAUUGACCCCACUAACAAGUAUUGACAUGUAUCUACUUCCUGUGUGUCACAGAGCCACACUGUUGCGCUGGCCGACCCGUUCCUCCUUUAUGAUUAACACUAGCGCUGUGGAUUGUUUUGAGUCACCUGCUGCCAGAAAUACCAGAGCUCCAAAAUAUGUAUUAAUCCACAGCUGAAAAUAGUCCCCAACAGAUGCACAAUUUACUCCUCUUUGAGUGACAUUUGCUAAAAACCACAGUGCCCAGCUGGUUCAGGGGAUUAUUAAGCCUUUUUUUUUAGCCUUUUUUGUGAUGUAUUUUUGAAAAUUUAACAUCUUCACUAAGAACAAAGACGUGAGGCUGAACGGCACAGACAGUGUAAGGAAGUCACAGAGUACUGAAUGACAGACUAAUGCAGAUUUUUCCAUUGAUUUGUUGACAAUAGCAAAAACUAGAAUAACGCUGGCGAGAUUCUGUUGACAUCCUUAAAGAUAGUCCACUCGGUCAGGAAAAAAACACAUUGCACAAAAGUACUUCGUUUGCUAUUGCAAUGACUUUAAUGAGCAUGUAGGUGUUAUAAGAUGAGAUAAGAUAAAACUUCAUUUAUACCCAGCCGGGGAAAUUUGGGCAUUACAGCAGCAUAGAAUAAGCCUUGAUUUUGCUGAACGCGACCUGAGAGCUGAGGAGGGACUGUUUCCUGUCACCAGACCGCCUCCUGCCGUCUGCUUUGGCCUUUCACCUGAUGUCACCUGAACCUCCAUGUCCUGCUGUGGAUUUACUCCUGAUCACUUUCCUUCUGAGAGAAGCUUUUCUGGUGGAUUUCCUGUCUGCUCUCUGCUGCGUCAUGGACCACACUGCUUUGAAGGAGGGAACGGCUGUAAUUUAAAGGGGUCACGGACACUUUGCACCAAUCACAAAACCUCGUCUUUCACUUCCUGUGAACUGACCGUAACCUUUGAUCAAUUUGCACAUUUGAAAUUCUCUGCAGGAUAUGAAGCACUCCAGGAAGCUGAAUUGUCUCACUGUAGAACUCUUUCACAGGAGAUGGUUUGGCAGGGUAAAAGCAGGGUAAGCUCAGGAGUCGGCGAGCUUCUUCCUGAGUUCAAGCGUGGUGUCAAACCACAGUGAGUCAGCUCGCACAGCCGGACCGUUCUCAUUCCUUUGCCAUCAAACACCGACACCUUUAUCAGGUCCCUCAGCGUCUCAUACAGAUCGCUAACCCUUUAGCGUCUCUAAGACUGGCAGAAAGUACCUUGGAAUGAGAAUGAUCAGGUUGUGGACACCGACUCACCGUUGACGGGACCGAGCCGUCGGCACCAGAAUUCAUCUCAUUUUUACUUCUGCUUUGACAAAUCAAAAAGUCUGCUGUGAAAAAAGCUGAUUUCUGUCUUUCCAAAAGCAUCUUUCAAAGCCAGAAGACUGAUUAGAACAUGUCAGUGCUUAAAAAACAUCUUUAAUAUCCUCACAAUUAAUUAUAUAUGUCCUCUUCUUGGGUGUAAUUUGCCCCAUAUGGUUGCCUUUUUUUUUGUUUUUUUUGUUUUGCUUUCUGGCUUUUCUUCAGCCUCUUGCUCCCUUUAGUUGGUUCAGAUUAUUUUCCUUUUCUCAGCGGUUUUCGAGCCCCGUCAAAGCCUUUCGAGUUUAGAGGAAUUGUUUGUGUAUUAAAGAUAUUAAAGCUAUUAAAUUAUGCAAAAGGAAGUUGUUAUCUUGCAUUAUUGAAAACGUCAUAGAGGAAAAACUGCCAUUCUUGGGCCUCUGCUUUAGUUCUGAUGAAUCAAGUAUAAAACUGGUCCAAAUGGCACAAAAUUAAGAUAAGAUAAGACUUUAUUGAUCCCACAUCAGGAAAAUAUAGUUGUUAAAAUGAUCCUUGAGCUUGAGAGGAAGAACACUUGACAAUAAAAACCGCCUGGAAAUGUUUUGAGUGGUUAGAAAGUCAAUAUUUUGUGUUGAUGUCUGACUAGAAGCCGACACGUUUCUUCAGUCCACAAAAAAGAACGAGCGCCUUGUCCACUGAAACCAGAGUUUAUGCAUCUCGCCACCGUUUGGCAGCGACUGCAGCAGCAAUCAGCAGAAGUGGUGAUGUGGUUCUCCUGCUGCCAACCGAGCGGCAACAAACCAAACCUGAGUUCAUUUUCUGACCGCUCAAAAGUCAAACUUGAUGUCAAAGACAAGGUGGUACAAACCCAAAAUCACUGGAAACCACAGCGUGUCGUAUUUAACGAUCUGAUUACAUGUUUUCAAUGUAAAUCUCCAUCUGAAUAAAGUAGGAACAAGUACAAUAUUUGCCUCUGAAAUGUAAUGAAGUGGAAGUAGAAGCAACACAACAUGGAAAUUCAUUUACAUUCAUUCCACUUCUGCAAUAUUUACUGAACGAGUAGAUUGUUCUGCUUAGUCACUAAUAAACAAUUGUGGGUUUAUUUUCUCAUAAAACAUCAGCAAAAUGUUCAGUCAACGUCAAAUGCAAAAGUUAAUAAAUAAUUAAUGAACAGUUUAUAUUUAAAAUCCAUCUAACAGAAGGUAAGUGGUCAAAGGGUCCAACGCAGUGCUGGAGGAGGAUUAUAAAUUGGAUUAAUUAAUGGAUUAUAAAUGGUCUAUAUGGAUUAAUAAAUGGUUAAUUAUAAUCAAUUUAUGAUUAAUUAAUGAAAGGGGGACUUUCUCUAAUCUUUGCUUUUUUAUAAACUAGUAGAUAAUUUGACCUCGUUAGGCAUUGAAAAGUUAUUUAAAUGAACCAUCUGAGCGGUUGGAGUGGAAAUGUCUCUUUGGUGCAGCUGCUAUCAACUCACUUAAUUCUUUUAUACGGACAUACAAAUUGA